CGAACUUUAGCUUCUGACCCUCAAUUGUACGGGAGCUAAAGGGAUUGGUUACUUUUCUCAUUAGAAAAAUCGCUAUACUGUGUGCCGGUGUAACGUGACAGUUACUUGCUUUAUGAGUCGUUACCGGCGUUUGGCCAUUUACUUUCUACCAAAACCAUUCAUUACAGUGAAAGAAAGCACCAAACCGAUAGAAGGCUUGUUUACUUCAUCUAAUAGCAGUUGGUGUUCUACCAUGUGUGGCACACUAAAAAGGAGGUUUUUGCUACUAUACGGCACACAGCAAGGGCAGGCUAAAGCUAUUGCCGAGGAAAUAGGCCAACAGGCAGAUCACCAUGGAUUAGUUGCGGAUAUUCAUUGUCUUAAAGAUAUAAAUAAGUUCAGCUUAGAAAAAGAAAGAAGCCCUGUGGUUAUUGUUGUCUCUACAACUGGCACUGGUGAUCCACCAGACAAUGCUUUAAAGUUUAUGAAAAAAAUUAAAAACAAGGAGCUGGCAGAAGAUCAUUUUUCUCAUGUGAGGUAUGGAUUGCUAGCACUUGGAGACUCUGAGUAUACUUAUUUUUGUAAUGGUGGAAAAAUCAUUGACCAACGACUUCAGGAACUGGGUGCAAAGCAUUUUUAUGGAACUGGUUAUGCAGAUGAUUGUGUAGGGUUGGAGCUUGUUGUAGAUCCUUGGAUUGAAGGCCUGUGGACUGCGCUAAAGAACGAACUCGCUUUAAGGACAGAAAAUCAAGAUAUGGAUGCCGGUACCGGUGAUCAUAAUAAUGUUAACAAUAUUAACCACAGGACAUCUGAAGUACCAGAAGAUUUGGACUUGCAAAUACAGGCAAUCCACCUAGAAGCAGCUUUUUCUUCAAAUGGUUCAUCAGAUAAAGAUAUCCAGUUAGAGGCUCUAAACGCCGCUGAGCCUUCUCUUGUCCACUCAGUUCCUCCUCUGUCUCAGUGUAGCCUUAAUGUGCCCGCUCUCUCUCCUCCAUUCUUGGAUGUUCUUAUUCCAGACUGCAAAGGACUGGAUAUGGAUCCCUCUGUGCUUUAUCCAGAAAAUAAUGUUUUUAAAGUCCCGAUAAGUCUAGCAGAGAAACUUACCUCUGCAGAUGCAGUGAAAGCAACCUGGAUGCUGGAGCUUGACGUUUCAAACACGGACAUUGAGUGGCAGCCAGGAGAUUCGUUUUGCGUAGUUUGUCCCAAUCCUCCAUCAGAAGUCGAAGAACUGCUUCAGAGGCUUGGACUCUUGGCAAAGAAGGACUUUCAAGUCUCUAUAGGCGUUAAAUCCAACACAAAAAAGAAGGGAGCCUCGUUGCCCAGUUAUAUUCCUGAGAAAUGUUCUUUGCAAUUUUUAUUAACUUGGUGCCUUGAAAUAAGAACUAUUCCUAAGAAGGCUUUCUUACGUGCUUUGGUAGAGCAUACUACAAAUGUGGCUGAGAAGCGCAGACUGCAGGAACUAUGUAGUAAACAAGGCAGUUCAGAUUAUAACCAGUUUAUAAGAGACCAGGCAAUCAGCCUUUUAGACCUUCUAACUGCUUUUCCAAGUUGCAGACCACCAUUGAGUGUAUUAAUAGAGUACCUUCCUAAAUUACAAGCCAGACCGUAUUCGGCUGCCAGCUCCAACUUAUUUUACCCUGGAAAGCUUCGUUUUGUUUUUAACGUAGUUGAAUUACCAUCUUGCUUGGAAAGAACUGUGUCAAGGAAAGGUGUGUGCACUGGUUGGCUCUCUGAACUUAGUCCAUUUAACAAUGCAAAACGUGAGGAGAUGCCAGCAAUAUCCAUUUUUUCUCGACCAUCCAUGUCCUUCCAGUUGCCAACCGAAACAUCAGCCCCUGUUGUGAUGGUGGGGCCGGGAACAGGAAUUGCACCAUUUAUUGCCUUUCUGCAACACAGAUUAAUGCUUAAGAAAAUAAACGAGGAGUCAAAGUUUGGUGAAACGUGGCUAUUUUUUGGUUGUCGUCACCGCGACAAAGACUAUUUAUUCAGAGAAGAGCUAAACCAGUUUGUUGAAAGCGGCGUAUUAACUCACCUGAAAGUAUGUUUCUCUAGAGAGUCAACAGAGAGCUCUGAUGUAGUAGCACCAAGAUAUGUUCAAGACUUUCUAAAGAUGUGUUCUCAAGAUGUAGCUAGAAUAUUGACCAAAGAAAAUGGAUGUUUUUAUGUGUGUGGAGAUGCCAAAAAUAUGGUCAAAGACGUGAAUGAUGCCUUAGCUGAUAUAAUAUGUAUGGAGCUUGGAGUGGACAAAUUAGAAGCAUUAAAAACGCUUGCUGUAUUUAGAGAUCGGAAACAAUACUUGCAGGAUGUCUGGAGAUGAUUUUUUACAUAAAAUCUACAUCAUCAAAUGACUGAUGAAAAUUGCAAGAGCAUUCUCUUUU